UUCCUCCAUUUGUCCCCUGGGCUCCCGGCCUGAGGCCCAGCCCCGAGCCCUGGGCCACUACCGAUCUUUGCCCCGGGCCAGGGCGCAAUGGCUCGCUGCAGCUGGAGCUCUGGUGCCGGGACUUGGAGUUGCCAGGAGUUUCCCCGACCCCUCCCUCCUCGCCGCGGGAGCCGCGCGGGAGAGCAGAGCAGCGACCAGCCAGCAGCUGAGCCGGGCCAGCGUGGUCCGCAGCCCCCAUCUCUGCGCGGGGCAGCCGCGGGGGAGCACUGUCUCCGGUUGGGACGCGUGCCGUGCACUAGGCACCGCCCGAGCACGAGCCAGGCUGCACGAAAAUUGCCUGCGUGCCCUCCUCGUUUGCUCUACAAUGAGUGCCAAAUCUGCCAUCAGCAAGGAAAUUUUUGCACCUCUUGAUGAAAGAAUGCUGGGAGCCGUCCAAGUCAAGAGGAGGACAAAGAAAAAGAUUCCUUUCUUGGCAACUGGGGGUCAAGGCGAAUAUUUAACUUAUAUCUGCCUAUCAGUGACAAACAAGAAACCCACACAGGCAUCUAUCACGAAGGUCAAACAGUUUGAGGGCUCCACGUCAUUCGUCCGCAGAUCCCAGUGGAUGCUUGAGCAGCUUCGCCAGGUUAAUGGUAUUGAUCCUAAUCGGGAUUCUGCAGAAUUUGAUUUGUUGUUUGAAAAUGCCUUUGACCAGUGGGUUGCUAGCACGGCUUCAGAAAAGUGCACCUUCUUCCAGAUCCUCCAUCAUACCUGCCAGAGGUACCUCACAGAUAGGAAGCCAGAGUUUAUUAACUGCCAAUCCAAAAUUAUGGGAGGAAACAGCAUCCUCCAUUCCGCUGCUGAUAGUGUGACCAGUGCAGUACAGAAGGCAAGCCAGGCCUUGAAUGAACGUGGGGAACGGUUAGGCCGAGCAGAAGAGAAGACAGAAGACAUGAAGAACAGUGCUCAGCAGUUUGCAGAAACCGCACACAAGCUUGCCAUGAAGCACAAAUGUUGAGAAACUGCCUAUCCUGGUAAACCUCUAAAGAAAAUGGAAGAAUUUGUUCAGCGGUGAUUACGAGAAUUCAGGACUGCUGCUUCCUUCUUUUCGUUUUGUUGGUUGGUUGGUUGGUUUUUCCAGUAUCUGGACAUUGAGUGAUUUUGGUUUUUCAUCUUCAGAUGUCAAUAUGAAUGAAAAUGUUUUGUGUUUAUACAUUUCCCUAUCUUGGUAAGAAAUGCUGCAAUAGCAUCAGCUUCAUUUUUAUUUUUCCAUUUGUGUGUGUGUGUGUGUGUGUGUGUGUGUGUGUUUCCUUUUAAAGGAAAAUUGUUUUGUAGUUUAAAUAUGAAAUUCAGACUAAAUGAUAAGCCAGGUCUAAACUAGCAAAAUGAAUUUUUUCUCCCUCUGAAACUAAGCAACAAAACAGUCAAAUAUGCUGACAUUAGAUGAUGGUCCUUUACAAAAUUAAAAGUCACACAGUGGUAUCACUUACUUUCCUAGUCUUCUUAAUUUGAAGAGCAAAGUUAAAAUUCAGUAUCCUGGGACUCAAGUCUAUGCUAUGGAAAACACAUAUAUCAGGGAAAAUAGCAGUAUUGGAUUUUGCUCUUUGCAUAUUAAUCUUUUUUGCAUGAAACAUCACUAGCAUUCACAAAACAAAUCAGAAUCACAAAUAGAAAUCUACUUUCUGAGAUGAAGCAUGAACAUUUCUGCUCCUUCUUUCCAGUCUGAUUAGUUGGAAUUAUCAUAUGAAGGAUAAAAAUUUGAGUGUAAAGCCCUAUAGAAAAACCUACUUUAAAAAUCUCUGUGUCUUUAUGGAUGUUUCUCUCUAUUGUAAUCUUCCCAAAUUAUAGUAGCUGACAUGGGGGGACUUGUAUUUCUAACAAAAAUAACUUAUCCAGGGUCAGUGAGGUAGAUCAGUGGAUGAAGGUGCUUAUAGCAUAACGCUGGUGACCAGAUGCCAGAGAGUUGACCUCUGACCUCCACACAUGUGUCAUGACACACCAUAUCAAACACAUACACAGAUACAAUGAUAAUAAUGAAUAAAGUUGGUUCAGGGCCACUCCUCUCACCCACUGUGUAGGAGUGCUGACAACCCAAACUUUGUUUUUAUAAUAAGCCCCUGUGUGUUUGCAUCGGAAAAAAAAUAAUAAUGGUGAAUAAAGUAAAAUAAAAUAAAUUAUUUGUCUAGAUAAAAAUCUACAUAAAUCAUAAUGUGAAAAGAUAUGACUUCCUUUUUUUUUCUCUCUCCUUUUACAAAGCUAUGCCGAAUGCCAGAGGCACUCUUGCAGUAGCCUUGGGAAAGGACCUUUGGUUUCUUGGCAUCUGGGUUUUGGAGGUUUGGAUAUUGUUUUUGUUUCCAGUUUAUCUUGUGUCAUUUAACAUGUGCUUCUUGACAGAUUACAUGUUUGUCAAUUUGGACUUGCCUGUUCUGGUACAGACAGCAUGGUUACAAGCCUUUAUAUUGCUGUCAAAUUGAACAGAGUUCUUCUGGAUUCUGUGUUGCUCAAGGUAAUAGUACACUUAGACUGUGGAAGUUUUGUUUUCUGAAAGGUUAAAAGCUAAACAUAAAACAAAACAACCUAUGUUUGUUCCUCAUGAAGCAAUGAGGCAAGCUACGUGUGCCAGAUAUUCACUGCAAUGCAUGGAGUUUUCAGCUGCCUGGGUCUUCAGGACCUGUUUUCUUCUUUCCUAUCCACCGAGUCACCUAUUUUUGUGUGAUGUAGCCUCUGAGGCAGCAGCAUAAAUUGACUUUAGAUUACUAAUGCUGAUUUAAAUGCUUAAGUUCUCCUAAUAAUGCAUCCUAGGGAAAGAGCACACUGUUCUUGGAAUAUCAUGGGUAUGGUAUCAGGAGGAUAGAAUUUGCUGCAAAGGAGUUUGUGAAUUUUCUUGGGCAGAUAGUCCAGUUGAAAAACACACUGCAACAUGUAUAUUGUGGGCUAGGAAUGUUCACUGUAUCUUACACUCUCCUUUAGGUGUCUUAACAUUUUAAAGAAGCCAGGAACAUGCCAUCAGCUGAUUAUUGGAACUAUCUGAUUUCUAAAAAGAUAAAAAUAAAAAGCCCCCAAAUAUCACUCCAAACUGAUUUCAUUUGUAGACUUUAGCUUAGAAAACACACAUACUCAUCUUCCAAAACUGGAUCCUAGUUUCAGAGAGUUGGUAUAAAUAGUUGAGGGAAGUAGUCUCACUUUCGACACACAACUCAAGGGUAAAAUUGGUUGUCUGCUACCUGCCAAAAGCUAUAUGGCAGCUAUUUCUGAAGGGGCAGAGGGUGAGGCCAUGUGCAUUCUGUGAAAGCUGGGCCUUCCUCUUCUGCAUAAUUCUUGUAGUUGCUUUUUACAAGUAUAAGUGCCCUUCACCUUCCCUCUUCCCAUUCUCUCUGUUGACGACCUUAGGCCUAAGUCUUGUUAGAAAAAGCCUGAACUGGAAGAAAAGCCUACCUGUAGCUUUUUUUGGCUGACCAAUCAGCUUCCAGGCCAUCACCAUGACCUUGACCUAUGGUGAAUCUUGCUUGUUCUCCACCACACAUGGGCUAUAACAGCCACUGCUGCCCCUCUUCAACCAUCCAGCCUCGUUUGGAGAAGCCCGUGAGAGCACACGUGAGAUUCAUUGCUAUCCUUUUGUAGAAAGUACUGUAAUCUAACCCACAGAAAUUUGCUAAGAGGACUCCAGGCAUUUGGGACCAAGCCAUUUGGUUGAGCUUGAUAGAAGAUUUAUGGUAUUUAAUUUAUUUCUGCACUUCACUAUGAAUUUUGGAAAUGGUGUCUUUCUCUGAAGGACUUUGCAAAUUACAUUGACAUGCAUAAAGGAAAGGAGCUUGCCAGUGUUUCUGCUUCUUCCUAGAAUGUAGCUGUAGAGUUCUUCACUAGAAUGAUUAGAUAUCUAUGUACAGGAACUAUGCAGUUAUUCAGGUUGAUGCUUCAUUUUAAAGAAUGUACUUGUAAAACGUAACAAGAUCAGUAGCUAACUUUUUUUAAGGUCUGAUAAAAGUAAGAUUAUGUGUUAGACUUAAAAUUAUAGUGAAAUCUGUCUUAUGCUAUUGUGAGUAGCAAAGGUUAUGCAUUUAUGUAGAAACUUUUACAGAGUUUUCCCUAAAUAAGAGAAAGUAGUAGAGAUAGGUUUCACUCCUAACUUUCAGAAUUGUGAUGCUGUUAAUCUGUUUUGUUCUUGGCUCCUCAGAAAUUCUCGCUGACAUUUGAGCACCAUUUUUUGUUGCAUUUGGAGACAAGUAACAGCUGUUCUGUUGGUUCACUAUUACAGCAACUCAAAUUUUGUCAUUAAAUAUUUUAAUUCUGUGGUGAAA